AUGACUCAUAAAUUGAAUGUGAACCCUGAGAGGAAACCUAUUAAGCAAAAGAAAAUAAAUUUUGCUCCCGAAAGACAGGAAGCCAUAAAAAAAGAAGUCGAUAAGUUGUUGGAAGCAGGUUUCAUUGAAGAAAUUCAAUUUCCAGAAUGGUUGGCCAAACUGGUCAUGGUAAAAAAGGCUAAUGGGAGGUGGAGGAUGUGUGCAGACUUCACCGACCUAAACGACGCUUGCCCAAAGGAUUGCUUCUCACUUCCAAGUAUAGACACGCUGAUAGAUGCUACCGCUAGUCUUGAGAUGCUAAGCUCCAUGGAUGGUUUUAGUGGAUACAAUCAAAUCCGGAUGGACAUGGACGACGUACCCAAGGUAUCAUUCAUCACUUACUUUUGUGUAUUAUGUUAUUUGGUUAUGGCCUUUGGACUUAAGAAUGCAGGAGCCACGUACCAAUGCCCAACAAAGAAGAUGUUUAAACAUCUGAUAGGUAAGACUAUGGAGGUGUAUGUAGAUGAUAUGUUAGCGAAAAGCUUGAAUAAAGCGGAUCACCUUGAACAUUUGAAAGAGGCUUUUGAAGUCCUGAGGACACAUAAGAUGAUGCUAAACCCAGCCAAGUGUUCCUUUGGAGUUGGAUCUGGGAAGUUUUUAGGUUUAAUGGUCUCCAAGCGUGGGAUCGAGGCCAACCCCGAUAAGAUAAAAGCUAUCCUGGAUAUGGAACCACCCAAGAGCAUAAGGGACGUACAGAAAUUGACGAGAAGGAUUGCAGCCUUGGGAAGGUUUGUGUCUAAGUUAGGUGAUAAGUGCCUACCUUUCUUCAAAGCAUUAAAGAAGGUUAAGGAUUUCGAAUGGACAGGAAGUCGGGGGCAGGAGGAUAAGGUAGUGGAACCUACUAAGGAAGAGAAACCCAAAGAAUAUUGGCUACUAUUUUUUGGCGGAGCUACAAAAAGAAAAGGUAGUAGUGCAAGACUUGUGCUUCAGAGCCCUGAUGGCUUUAUUGUGGAAUACGCUAUUAAGUUGGACUUCCCAACUACUAACAAUGAAGCCGAGUAUGAAGCAUUGAUAGUUGGACUUGGUUUGGAAAGAACCCUGAGGGUAAAGAAUUUGAAAGUCUGUGGGGACUCAAAACUCGUGGUCUUUCAAGUGAAUGGUGAGUUUGAAGCUCGUGAAGAAAGUAUGUCAAUAAUACUUGAGAUUUUUGAAGACUCAGAUAGCGCAAUUCGAAGAGUGUCUGGUAGAGUUCUAAGAACCCCAAGCAUCAAUGCAAAGUUAGUUGCUCCGAUCGACACAGGAGCCACAUGGAUGGAUGGGAUUAAGCUGUAUUCUGAGAAUGGUCACCUGCCACCAAAUAUCGAUGAAGCACGGAAGUUGCAGGUAAGGGCCCUUAAGUACGUACUUAUUGAGGGAAUCUUGUAUAGAAAGUCGUUUGUAAUCCCUUAUUUGAGAUGUUUGAGGCCGGAUGAGGCUCGGGAAGCCCUUAGAGAGGUUCAUGAAGGUGUAUGUGGUCAACACCUCGGAGGAAGGGCAUUGGCUCAUAAGGUCACUCGCCUUGGAUUUUACUGGUCGGACAUGCUAAAGCAUGCUCAAGACUAUGUGAAGAGGUUCAAUCGCUGUCAUAGGUUCGCCCCAAGUGUACGACAGCCGCCUGAGAUGUUCACAUCCAUUUAUACUCCGAUCCCUUUUGCCAUGUGGGGGAUGGACAUUCUUGGACCAUUUCCGUUCGCUAGCGCACAAAGAAAGUUCUUGUUAGUAACAAUCAACUAUUUUACAAAGUGGAUUGAGGCCAAGCCGCUGGCCAAGAUAACCACCAAGCAAGUUGCACAGUUCGUAUGGGAGAACAUUAUUUGCAGAUAUGGAUUACCUCGAGUCAUGAUUGUGACGGAUAAUGGAACUCAAUUCAACAAUGUUGAGUAUAAGAGUUACUGUGAAGAUUACUCAAUUGAACUUCGUUUUACCUCCGUUGCCCACCCUCAAGCUAAUGGACAAGCUGAGGUUGCCAAUAGGAUAAUCCUCAAUGGACUAAAGAAAAGAGUUGAGAAAGCCCAGGGGUCAUGGGCUGACGAGUUACUCUCUAUACUUGGCGUAUCGAACAACCUGGUAAGGUUUCGACUGGAGCGACUCCCUUCCAGUUAG